GUAGCAGAGUCAGAGUCGUUGCCUAGCUCCCCUGAGCUGGCAUCAUCAGGCAGUUCCAGAGACAGCAUCUCUAGCAUCCCUACCCCCAUCUCACCCCUCGACUCUUCGGUCAUUGCCGAUUCUUUUGUCUUUGCGUUUGAUAUCGACGGCGUGCUCGUCCGAGGCGGCCGCCCCAUCCCCGAGGCUAUCGAGGCCAUGAAAGUUCUUGAUGGCGAGAAUGAAUAUGGCAUGAAGAUCCCUCACAUCUUCCUUACCAACGGCGGCGGCAAGACCGAGGAAGAGCGCUGCCAAGAUCUAUCCCGCCAACUCCAGCGUGAGAUCAAGCCCGGCCAGUUCAUCUGCGGACACACGCCCAUGAGGGAAAUGGCCGACAAGUACAACACGGUCCUGGUCAUUGGCGGCGAAGGCGAGAAGUGCCGUCUCGUUGCCGAGGGCUACGGCUUCAAGGACGUCGUGACCCCCGGAGACAUCAUCAAGCACAACGCGGCCACCACGCCGUUCCGCAAGCUGACGCCCGAGGAGCUGGCCAACUCGCGCGAGCGCAACUUUGACGACGUCGUCAUCGAUGCCGUCUUUGUCUUUGCCGACUCCCGGGACUGGGCAGGCGACAUCCAGAUCAUGCUGGACGUGGCCAUGUCAAAGCAAGGCCGGCUCGGGACCCGCAGCGAGACCUUUGACGAGGGCCCCCCUUUCUACUUCUCCCACAACGACGUCGUCUGGUCGGCGGCCCACGAGCACGUACGGCUCGGCAUGGGGGCACUCCGGCGCAUGUUCGAGACCACCUUCCGCGAUCUGACAGAUGGCAAGGGCAAGCUUCACACGCACGCCUUUGGCAAGCCCCAGGUCUCGACCUUUGAGUUCGCCGAGCGGCUGAUGCAGUCGUGGCGAAGCACUGAGCACGGCAUCUCCGGGCCCCCGCAGACGGUGUACUUUGUCGGCGACACGCCCGAGAGCGACAUCCAGGGCACCAACGCCAUCAACCAGGUCGCCGACAACGACUGGUACAGCAUCUUGGUCAAGACAGGCGUGUACCAGGACGGCACGGAGCCGGCACACAAGCCGCGUGCGACUGUCGACACCGUGCUCGAUGCUGUGCACCACGGUAUCCAGCGCGAGAUGCGCAAGAAGGUGGUCUCGUCGCUCAAGCGCGAUGUUCUGGGUCAGUCGGAAUGUGGUGGUGCUGAGACCAACCCGACGAUCGCGGAUGAUGAUAUGCUCGUUUCUGUAUGAAGCGUUUGAUUGCCUGCCGAUACUGGAUAUUGUUUUGGAAAGGGCAUUAUGUGACGGAGUACCUGGAGUUUUUGACGCACUCAGAAGGAGCAUGAGUGAUUUUGUUUUGUUCUUCCUUCAAUUCUUUUCUUCUCUUCCAACACACCUUCGUUGUCAUCGGCGAAGCUGAUGUCCCCUUUCAUAUACCCCCAAGCGAUCCAUCGCGCUUUUAGAUUCUACUGCAUCGAACAGGAUGUUAGACACUUGACUAGAUAGGUCGUCUUU